UCUUUCAUGCCCUAAUAUUAAAUAUCCAAUGCCUAAUAGGCCGUUUAAGAUGAAACAAUGUUUUCCACAACAUUUUCUGCCUGACCACAGAAAAGUUCACAGGCUAGAUCUUACUCGUCAAAGGUACAAUGACGAGCAAGUUAUAUAAGAUUAUGGCACGUAUUCAUGAUUGUGUUAACAAUUUUUCAUUGGUUGUACAAACGCAUGCGCGCAGAUGCAAGAAGUCAUCAAGUGAGAUGCAAACGUAUUUUCGUCUCUGAGAUGAUGCUUACACUUCGGCGACCUGCAUUCCUUUUCUAUCACUAUAAGUUCUGUGAUUCAUCGCCAUGUUUUUAUGUUUCCGUUCAUGUUUUCUCUUGUCAUUUGAAGCACUGAUUAAAUACUAAAAUUUGUAGUAUAUAAAAUAUCAAUAUGAUCCUGCGAAGAUCGUUGAAGAUUCCUAUGGAUCAUAAUUGUCAAAAGUUGUCAUGGAAAGUGAUAAAAUGUCAAUGUGAUAAUAUUCAGUGAUAAAAAGCUAUCUGGUUUUCAUCGAAUCAUGUAGCAGACUACAUGCCUCAGAUCUAUUCAUGAGAACGAUUCCACAGCCACCGAAGAUGUUAGCUCAUGACGUACAUUGGAACAGUAUUAAUCGUGGCAUUAUACUUAAAGAUAUAGUCGACACUGAGAAAGCGAACGUUGCAGAGUUGCAAGGAUUGGUUGACAAUUUUCUACAGCCACUUGCUUCGACUAACAUCCUAACCGAGGAAGAAUUUAGCCAAUUAAUUGGUAAUUUGUUAGAAGUGUUGGAGAUUCACGAAUAUCUUCUAAAGUUGUUGGAACGUGCCUUACUUCAGGGAUCGAUGAGCAAAGUGGGAGACCGCUUUUUAAUGCUAGCAUCUAGAAUAAAUGAGAUUCAUCAAUCUUAUUGUGAUCAUCAUCCACUAGCAGUGUGCAUUUUAGACAAAUAUAGAAAAGAAUUGAAUGCAUACAUGGAAGAGAAAGGAGCAGUGUCACCGGGUAUUCUAGUCCUUACAACUGGUUUAAGUAAACCCCUUCGUAGACUGGAAAAGUACUCAGCCAUGUUUCAAGAAUUGGAAAGGUAUACGGAGAGGUGCCACCCAGAUAAGGGAAAUGUGCAACGAUGCAUUAUCCUCUACAGAGAAAUAGCUGAGACAUGCGCUAGUAUAAGGAGAAGGAAGGAACUGGCUCUUCAAGUAUUGAUGGGAGGAAUCGAAGACUGGGAUGGCGAAGAAUUAGGAUCCAUAGAUGAGAUACUUCACGUCGGCCUAGUGACUCUCGUUAUGGGAGAGGAACUACGAACCAGAUACCUCGUUUUAUCUCCCACGGCCCUUCACAUAUUGAGUACUAAUCAGACUAUGAGUUCUUUUGUUUACGAGUGCAAGUUGCCGUUAGGCACAAUUACGAUCACUCCAAUGGCAAACACAGAAGAGACGAGGAAUGCAUUUACAAUAUCAGGGCCAACGAUGGACAGCAUUCUCGUGUUGUGCUCCUCUAGCGAAGAGAAACACCAGUGGUUUGAGAGUUUAACCUCGGAGCACAACAGCGAGCCAGUCAAGUCAACGUCAGCAUUUUGUGGGAGUUCCUGUUAUCCUCCGUUUUCUCGGCUCUCGCGAUUUUUCGCACGUCUCGUCAGGAAGAAAGUGAUUUAUCCAGAGUUAUUGAAGAAACUGUUGUACUUUGAGUACAUCGUGAAGCUGGACUUAACCGGUGUUAAAAUGAGAAAGUGCAAAGUGGAGUACUCGAUAUGUCCGAUUCAACCGGACAGUAGUCAAUCAGAAUCAGAUGCUUCUGUUGUCGACAAAUCAGUGAAUAAAACGCGUUCUGUGUACAAAUCGACUUUAAACCUCGAUGUGAAUUACGCGACAGAAACGGUAAAGUGUUGUGACUCUACCGUUCCUACACUCGUCUCCGAGUCGAGUUCUGCCCAAAACGGAUUCCAUGAUACCAAAAGUCUACCAGGUUCUUCUUCAGUUGGAAAAGUAAAUGUUACUAUGCCGGCUCAUCCUUCGUUAUGUGACACUUACUGGGAACAUUAUAACACAGAGCGUAAUGGUGGGAAUCUAAACAAACACGCGAAAAAUUGGAAGUGCGUCGAACUAGUCAAAAAAGACACAGUGAGCAGGUUAUGGUUGAUGUUAACACCAACUAGCGAAGAUAAUGGAAAGGAUGAAGACGAUUACGAAGAUUUUACUGAAGAGGAAACCAAAGAGAGGAAUGUCUGUACAUUUGAGAUUGAUAAUUCCUCAAGACUUGUGGUUACGAGUCCCCGAUCGUCUGAUUCAGGGAUGGCCGGAAGCUGUAACUGGAACUCUUCGGAACUGAAUUUUCACAAGUCUGAUCGAGACAGUGUGGAGUCUACAUCUCCAACAUACGAUGCAUCGCACAGAGAAAGUGAAACCGAAGAACACGAAUUUGAGCGUCAAUGCAUUUGUGCUUCACCAUUUGAUUCGUUACCGGCUUCUCAGAAUACAGAUCGUAGUGAAACUCAACAAUCAUCUCAACAGAGUAAUGUUGAUACUAUUUCUACAGAGCAAGCACCGUGUUUGACUACAAAGCGAUCAAUAACUAUGAAUCGUAAAAGGUUUAGUGAGCCUGUACCGUACACAAAUCAAUGUUACAACACCCCAAGGAAAAUUAGUAGUCGAGUGGUGCAUCUAAGACAAGAAAAAAAACGAGUAGAAUUAAUAUUCAGGUCUGGUUUGUACGCACAUUGGUGGCUUAAAAAAAAAAUUCCCACAAACGAAUCCACGGAUCAAGAUCCUACAUAACAUAGGUUUCAGAUAUAAUAGAAUGAACUGUAAAGUUCCAUUAUAAUUGAAGAUUUCGAGCUUUCACGCCUGUUUUCUACACUAAUGGUGAGUUAGAGCUGCGUUUGAUAUUUGGAAAAUAUUGCAGUUCGUAUUAAAAGAACAGGGACACACCAAUGCCAAUAGUCUUCAAUUAUAAGGCCAAGAGUAGUCGAUCAGACAUUUUGUCAGUUGCGAUCGACGAUUAGUCAAUUACCAUCUGUAUAGAUAUACAUGUAACAUAAUUCACUUAAUUCUAUGAGUUUUGAAGUUACCCGAACAAGUGACAAACUUAGGAAUAAGAAGAUGGAGCAGAAGUUGGAAUUACAGAUAACAGGAAUGAUAAGAAAAUUAGAGGAGGGGUGUUAGAAAAGGGAUGGCAGUAAUUUCGUGUCAUAUAUAACCAUCUUAACAGAGAAAAGUUUUUAUUAUAAAUAUGACAUGAAUAUACCGAACUACUGUCUUUUAAAUAAUACUUUUGUCUACACAUGCCUGUCCGACUCGCUUCUGUCAACAGCUUAUGUACCUUUGUUCACGGGUAUAAAACGUUCACUAGUCGCGCCAUUUGGCGACUUCUAUCGCAGAUUAACAUUUACUCCAUUCCCACAUGUGAGGUGCUUGUGCGGUGCACUUGUUACAAUUCCAUUUAUCGUAUAACCAAGUAAACGAUAAAACAACACCUACAUAAUCAAGCUUAAUAUUAAUGUAUUUUGUGAUAACAAGUUUUGCUAAUGACAUCAGCGUUGAUGCGACAUUAAACCCCCUAAAUAAAAAGUUUCUCCAGGUUAAAUGCUCUGUCGCUUACUUCUAAGUUUGUGUCACAAACAAGAGAUGUGACACAGAAAGUAGACAGCCCGAUACGGCUAUUCGCAAAUUCGGAACGUAUAGCAAUGUAGGAGUAUUAUUGCUCCGAUCAGGGCACUCUUAAGGAUUGCCUUUGGUUUUUGAGCGGCUUUGCCGUGUCCAAAAGUACCUGUCAUUAAUGGACACACGGAAACGAACGAUCUGACGAAGGUCUAAUUCUAGUGGAACAGUUUAAAUCACACUCCGUCUGUCCAACAAUGAUAGGCACAUACCCGAGUCACGUAAAUUCCUAGGGAAAAAAGUUAUAUUAAGACCAAUUACAAUGUAUAGCUUGAAUUUGCAUCAUAUCGUUACGUAUCUUUUGUAGGUUCAUGCACACAGCUGACGGCAGCAGCAGAUUAAUUGAAUCGUACCACUUGUCACCCGUCGUACCGUUGUCAGCUUCUUGUUUCAUUUGUUAAUAAUACGUUUCUUCUAAAUAGUAUAAGACACAAUCGUGUCGCGUAUGUAAUAGUGAUUGUUUUAAAUGAGGCAUUCGUACCACGCGGCUACGAUUAGGAAAACUCUUAAUCGCGCAGAUUGUUUGGUCUGGAAGUACAAACAAAACUCAUUUCUAGGUUAAUUCAUUAUUUACCGUCAUUAUUAAGCUGACGGGCUCGCGAUAAACACUUGUUUCACUUCGGAUGGUUAAUUCGCGAUUUCUGAAACGGUUCCGAUAUAAACUCCACGCUUGAGCAGAUAUUCGAGUGUCUACACAAUUCCCCGACUACUGUCCGUACGUCGUAUUUAGCAUCUUAUUCCGUAACUUACGUGCAUAAGGCCAACUAUUUUUUAACAUCUCAGAAGGAAAGCGUAUUAGAAUGUGUUAUUUUAAAUACUGUUCUUCCAUAUAAGGACAGUUUUGAACUAUACGGAUGUCCAUAUACGAUACAACACAAUAACAUAAUGUAAUACAAUAUAUAAUGUCAUAAAACGUAACGUCGUUCCUCCUAAAUAAUUAGAUAUCUUUCUCGGAAGUUUUUUUCACCUUAGUUUAGUAUAAGUUUAUUUAAAAGGAAGAUGGAAGCAUGAUUUUAACGUCCCUUGAUUUUCUUACUUCCAAAGCUAAGCAUCCGCCAUUUACUAAUAAACGAAAGGUUGACUCUUGGGUUUGGAAGUCGAAGAAGCAAGGAGAGCGAAAAGCUUUUUUUCCGCGUUUUCUUAAAGCAACCUCGUAAAAGUACCGAUAUAGAAGAAUCUGUAAAGCCGAGUUUAAAUUUGAGUUCGAUCGCCAGUCUUUACAAGGUGUCGUCCCCUCGGAAGGUUCCGUGGAAUAUAAUUAGGUCGAUUUUUAGUUCAGCCGAGAUGAGUUGUGUUGCCAACAUAAAAAACGUACUCCCCGUUAUCUCUCUCCGAAUUGGAUACAUCUUCGAAGCGCACACAGUAAAUCUUCUAUAAAUCUAAACGUCAGAAUUAUACGAAUGAUCUCGAAUGCCUUUGGCCUACGUCAAUGAAUGCUGCCAGUAAAAAAAGAGCAAUGAGAAAUGCAUUAUUGUCCUCGUUCAAUCUAUGGGUUUUACAAGGCCGGACAAGAUCCGACACCGAUGGCACGUUUGUAAGGGUCCCCGUUAAAGUUCCCAUUUGACACCGGUGAAAACGUUUUUCCUGAGUGGCGAACAACUAGAGUGCUAGACAGAGACCUACACGUGGUGAGAAUGACAAAACAAGAAGAGAGGAUGAAUGUGUAAUGAGAUCAAUAGAAAGAGGUUAUAUUUUCCGAACACUUACAUACUCGUCAAGCUCCGUAAUACCUCGAAAUGGCUGCGAAAUAUCGUGCGAGAACCGAAAGGAAUCCCUCUGGAGGUGGCAACACCUAAUUUCCUUGGAGUCGCGCAUCGGGAGACGGAAGAACGGAAGAUGAGGACCCUAAAAGAGUAAGAAGGAGACCCGAGUGCGACGAGCGUCUCCCUUGGCCCUACGGGCCA